AUCCUCAUACUUUACAACCUUUUGCCUCUUCUGUUCUUUGCUCGCUUUUUCUAAAAAAAUAUUCAGCCUUUGCUUUGGCCUUUUGGGGUUCUAUAGUUUGUUUGCUGAUUCCACAAACUUUUGAUCAUGGGUGAGGCUGCCGAGAUCUUCUAUCCAAAUGGUUUCUCCAAAAUUUGCAAUGGAACAACCAAACAAAAUCUUGAUGAGACUCACCAGUUUGAUUCAUCAUGGUUUGAAGAGACCAUUGAUGAUGAUCUCAAAUGGUCCUUUGCUUUGAAAAGUGUUCUGUAUAAAGGCGCUAGCGAGUACCAGGAUAUAGCCCUUUUGGACACUAAACGUUUCGGAAAGGUCCUGGUAAUUGACGGAAAGAUGCAGAGUGCUGAAGUAGAUGAGUUCAUCUAUCACGAGUGCUUAAUUCACCCCCCUCUUUCAUUUCACUCGAACCCGCAAACUGUGUUUAUAAUGGGAGGCGGGGAAGGGUCUGCUGCAAGGGAAGUACUCAGGCACAAAUCUAUUGAAAAAUUGGUCAUGUGUGAUAUUGACGAGGAAGUGGUCAGUUUCUGCCGCAGGUUCCUGACUGUGAACCGAGAUGCAUUUUGCAACAAAAAGCUUAAUCUUGUUAUUAAUGACGCCAAGGCUGAACUGGAGAAGAGGAAUGAGAAAUAUGAUAUCAUAGUUGGAGACUUAGCAGAUCCUGUUGAGGGAGGGCCUUGCUAUCAGCUUUACACAAAAUCAUUCUAUGAGAAAAUUCUUAAGCCUAAGCUCAAUGAAAAUGGCAUCUUUGUUACUCAGGCUGGCCCGGCUGGCAUUUUUACUCACAAGGAGGUUUUCUCUUCGAUAUACAACACAAUCAGACAGGUUUUCAAGUAUGUGCUGGCAUACACAGCUCAUGUCCCAUCUUUUGCAGAUACCUGGGGAUGGGUUAUGGCCUCGGAUCAACCAUUCUCCAUCGGUGCUGAGGAGAUUGACAGGAGGAUUGCAGAGAGAGUAGAUGGUGAAUUACUAUACUUAAAUGGCGCUUCAUUCCUUUCUUCUGCAACCAUGAAUAAGACUGUUUAUCUAUCGCUGUUGAAUGAAACCCAUGUUUACACCGAGGAAGAUGCAAGAUUUAUACCUGGACAUGGGCUGGCUCACCGCCUUUGAGGAAUCAGGCCUAAUUAGUUCAGGAGAAGUCGUUGUAAAUAGAAGAAAAGGAAGGGUUUUGCAAUUAAAAGAUCGCAGCAAAAGCUAAUUUUGCUUCAAAGAAAUCAGUCAUCAAUUGUUGAAAGAAGUUUAUUUCGGUUAAGACAUUUAUGUGUGGGUUGUUUACAGAUAUCAUUAGAAUGAAGUGAUGCAUGAAAGCUUUAUCUAAUCAAUUCAUCCAUUCAGAUAUCUAUUCUUGAGUA